AUGUCCACAACAGCUACUACUGUUCAGCAGGCUGAACAAUCUGUUCUCUUGGCCGCCGAGCAGCAGAUUCCCUCUGCUGCCGACGAUGCGAACUUCCAGUCUCUCGCCCGUGGUAAUAGAAAUGGUACACUGAAGCUGCGUGGCAUUCCCACCUUUUCUGAUCCUGUUGAGAAACGAAAGUGGAUGAAGGAGCACAUGGCCGCUGCCUUCCGCUACUUUGGCAAGCUCGGGUAUGGGGAGGGAGUAUCUGGUCAUAUUUCUAUGCGAGAUCCUAUCCUGAAGGACCAUUUCUGGAUGAACCCCUUUGCUAAGCACUUUUCUACUAUCAAAGCCUCAGAUCUUGUCCUUGUGGAUGACGAGGGAUAUGUCACUGAAGGUGGUGCCCAAUUGCCUAUCAAUGAGGCAGGAUUCAUGAUCCAUUCUGAAAUCCACAAGGCCCGUCCAGAUGUGAUCGCCGCGGCGCACACUCACGGUAUCCAUGGCAAGACGUGGAGUGCAUUUGGGAAGCCGAUUGAGAUGCUUACUCAAGAUGCAUGCAACCUUUAUGGUCGGAUCGGCAUCUAUGAUGACCAUGCCGGCAUCGCCCUUUCCCAAGACGAGGGUAAAGCGAUUGCAAAGGCUCUUGGAAAGAAUAAUAUUGCUUGCAUCCUCCAGAACCACGGUCUCCUGACUGUUGGAACAACGGUUGACGAGGCCGCUAUUCUCUAUUCCAUGCUAGAGAAUGCCUGCCACUCUCAGCUCCUGGCUGAAGCGGCUGCGGCCAAUGGCAUUCCCAAGAAAAUCAUUAGCCACGAGGUCGCCCAGUACACCGCUGAUUUUGCUCAGAACCCGCACAACUUCUAUACUGAGUUCCAGCCGGAGUAUGAAUUGCUUCUUGAGGAGACCAACGGAAGAUUCCUCCAGUAA